UACAUGAAGAAGCUCCCACCAACGGAUUGUCCCGAUAACAUAGCGCUAUAUAAGUAUGUAACCUUUUGAGCCCUUCACUUCAGCUCAAAACCAUCAGGUCAGCACACCUUGCAUUUCAGAUUUUCCGGAUCCAAUUCUUCCUUCUGCUACUGAGUCUAUUCCAGAGAGCGAAACAAUAUGAUCAGUCCCCGGAAACUCAUCAGGAUAGCUAGGAAGUGGCAGAAAGCAGCUGCUCUGAGACGGAAAAGAAUCUCAUUCCUGGAAGCUAAUGGAAGCGAGGGGAAGCCGAGCAGCUCUGAGGAGCCGUGCCUUGCCGGAAAAGGCAACUUCGUGGUCUACACAGUGGAUCAGAAGCAGUUUGAGUUCCCGAUAAAGUAUCUCAGCAACCCCAUUGUCAUGGAGCUCCUCAGGCUGUCCGAGGAAGAGUUCAGCUUGUCCAGAGAUGGGCCAAUCACGUUGCCUUGUGACAUAACAUCCUUGGAGCACAUAAUCUCGUUAAUCCGAGGGAAAAAGGGUGGAGUUAUCAGCAGAGAUUAUAAGAUCAUUGCAGCCAGUAGAUGUUCAUUGCCUACAUCAUUUCAUCAAAGACAGGAGUUGCUGUUGUGUUCUUAGAUUUUUUUUUUUUCUUUGUUUUAGGAUUUGUUGAAUAGAGAAGGUUGUAACAGCAAAUCACAGCUCUGCUUUCUCCUCUUCCUGUUACUGACUUCUUCCUGCUUGAUCAAUGAUUGAAUAUAGAGCUGACGUAUGAGAGGUUUCUGUGAAA